CAAUUCGCAUCGCUCUCUUACGUUCCACAUCUUCACCUUUUUCCUUGCUUCUUUCCUCGGACACUCCUUUAUCCAGUUACCUUUCUAUUCAAACAUUCUUUACCAACCAAUCUUUACCAACCAAUUAUCUUCGUCAUGAAGACACUUUAUAUUGUCUUUGCUUCUGUAGCGCUCUCCAGCCCACUGCUUGAGAAGCGCUACGACCUUGACCACAAUGGAAUCCUAGAUUGGUGUUAUACAGAUGGGGACGUUGUAUCUUGUCUCCUCUCCGAAGCCAGCUACGUUUGGACCACCUUCACUGCUACUAUGUCCACCCAGGCCAUCGCGACUCCUAUAUCUACCGCUGCAUCCAUUACGACGACGCCAGCUUCAUUUGUAGUCAGCACAGCAUCCCCGUCACUCCCAACUGGGACCCUCCCAUCUCCUGAUGCAUGGGCAAAAGAUAACAGCACUAGGUGGCAUGUUUCUGAUGUCGGUAGUAUCUACAGCAGCACCCUGGCUCGUCUAGGAUGGGACAAUGGUCGCACGUCUGUUCUUAACAACACCCCUUUCUGGAACUUUGGCGACGUACUUUCUCUCGAUGGCUUGCAAGAUGGUUUCUCGACAGGCCCUGCGUUCUAUGGCACGCCAGACGAUAUUCUCCGCGUUGAUAUGAAGAACGUAACCAAUGUUCUCGACCUCCUCUUCUGCCCACCAGCUGCCUCAGAUCCAACUCCCGAAUCUCCAACACCUUUCUGGGGCCUCAGCACCAGCAAUGUUGCAGAGGUCUCUCCGGGUCUUGGAAUAGGCUUUGUGUGGGAAAUAUGGAGAGACACGACUGGUCUAACUCAAGAUCGAGGACUGGGCAUGUACCGAGCGACCCUUGGUCCCGAACUCCCCAUCGCGAAUCGGACGGGUUCUUUGAUUGCUGGUCUAGACGCACUACCCUGACUGUGCUGAGUGCUGAAGGAUACAUUUAUACAUACUCCAACAAAAAUGGAACGGGUAUUGUAGUGGGAAGAGCCAAAGUUGAACAAGUAUUUAACGCCGAUGCUUAUGAAUUUUUGAGCCUGGAUGGAAGUUGGAUCAACGGAAUCCCGAGCAAAGCGACCGCAGAUGAUAGUUAUGGGGUGCAGGGUGCAGUUCACAGUGAUGGACAGGGAAGUAUUGUCUGGAGCAACUACUU